AUGCCCCCCGACGGCCGCGAUGCUGCUGCUGCCAGCACCACUCAGUCCAGCUCAUCUCCCGCACGUCAUUUCUUCUCCGUGCCUGCGCCGAUAAAGCGUGUUUUCGACAAGUUCCCUCUCACGACCUAUCCUCCAAAUGACAUUCCACAACGUCUCCCUGCGGUUCCAGGCGAGAAUAGAUUGUUCGUCUUCACAGAUGCAGCGGGUGCGAAGCAUGGGAGACCAUCGUUCAACCCCCAAUGCCUCAAGUGGCAGGCGUACUUGAAAUUCGUCGGGAUAGACUUCCAGACCGUCCCUUCAAACAAUCAUGCUUCCCCGACAGGCGCUCUUCCAUUUCUCCUCCCCGCUCUCCCACUGGACAGCCUCACGCCGAUUCCGUCCGGCAAACUACAAAAAUGGGCAAUUGAGCAGGUUCAUUGUGAAGAGGAACAGCAAUUAAACAUGCGCUUUGAUGCGUAUGCGUCUCUUCUGAAUAAUCGGAUACGAAAUGCCUGGUUGUAUGCGCUCUACCUAGACAGCGAUAAUUUCAACGCCGUGGUCCGAAGGCUCUAUGUGGAUCCAUCGACGUCGAAUUCGCUCGUCCGGGCCACUUUGGCGUCCCAACUCCAGCAGGCCGCGCGCGACGUGCUCCUUAAGUCAGCCAGCUAUAUCGAUGUCUCAGACCUGGAGGCCGAAGCGGAUAAAGCAUUUGAGGCUCUUUCGAUUCUAUUAGGUGACAACGAGCACUUUUUCAACCGACCCAAUCCGGGACUUCUAGAUGCUAGCGUGUUUUCUUAUACGCAUUUGAUCCUGGAUGACGGAAUGGGGUGGAAACAAAACAGAUUGGGGCAGUUAUUGAAGAAGUAUGAUAAUCUUGUACAACACAGAGAGAGAUUGGUCAAGUUCUUUUAA